AUGGGGAAUAUUUUUGCUAACCUCUUCAAGGGCCUGUUUGGCAAAAAAGAAAUGCGCAUUCUCAUGGUUGGCCUGGAUGCUGCAGGAAAGACUACUAUUCUAUACAAACUGAAACUCGGCGAAAUAGUAACCACUAUUCCCACUAUAGGUUUCAAUGUGGAAACUGUUGAAUACAAAAACAUCAGCUUCACCGUGUGGGAUGUCGGCGGCCAGGAUAAGAUCCGGCCACUGUGGCGCCACUACUUCCAGAACACGCAAGGGUUGAUCUUUGUGGUUGACAGCAAUGACCGGGAACGUGUGAAUGAGGCCCGUGAAGAGCUCAUGAGGAUGCUGGCAGAAGACGAGCUCAGGGACGCUGUCUUACUAGUGUUUGCUAACAAGCAGGACCUUCCCAAUGCCAUGAACGCCGCUGAGAUCACAGAUAAACUGGGAUUGCACUCCCUGCGCCACAGAAACUGGUACAUUCAAGCCACUUGUGCCACCAGCGGAGAUGGUCUUUAUGAAGGACUGGACUGGUUGUCCAAUCAGCUGCGAAACCAGAAAUGA